AUGGGCUGUUGUUGUAGCAAAAGCGAGCAUGACAACUUGUAUCCCCAACUUCUAGCUGACAACGAGAGAGACGCGAUUUCUGCCCUUUUGCAAUACCUGGAAAACCGCGGCGAGGUGGACUUUUUCUCUGAUGGUCCGCUCAAAGCACUGAGCACGCUCGUGUACUCGGACAAUAUCGACCUCCAGAGAAGUGCAGCAUUGGCAUUUGCCGAAAUAACAGAGAAAGACAUCCGCGCCGUUUCGAGAGACGUGUUGGAGCCGAUAUUAAUAUUGCUACAGAGCUCCGACCAGGACGUCCAAAGGGCAGCCUGUGCCGCGCUAGGUAACUUGGCCGUCAACGACGACAACAAGGUUCUCAUUGUGGAGAUGGGCGGGCUGGUGCCUCUUAUCAGACAGAUGAUGAGCUCCAACAUCGAGGUCCAGUGCAACGCUGUCGGCUGCAUCACAAACCUGGCUACCCAGGACAAAAACAAGACCAAGAUUGCCACCUCUGGAGCUCUAAUUCCACUCACCAAACUCGCCAAAUCCCCAGACCUUAGAGUUCAGAGAAACGCCACAGGUGCCCUGCUGAACAUGACCCAUUCUCUAGAAAACAGGAAGGAGCUCGUGGAGGCCGGCUCAGUGCCCGUCCUCGUUCAGCUACUGUCCUCCUCCGACCCAGACGUCCAGUACUAUUGUACGACAGCACUGUCCAACAUUGCUGUGGAUGAGUCCAAUAGAAAAAAAUUGGCCACUACCGAGCCGAAGCUGGUCAGCCAGCUGGUUCAGCUAAUGGACUCUUCGAGCCCGAGGGUCCAAUGCCAGGCUACGCUAGCUCUCAGAAACUUAGCAUCCGAUGCAUUGUACCAACUGGAGAUCGUGCGCGCGGGCGGCUUGCCGAACCUGGUCUCGUUGCUGAAGUCACAGCACGAACCACUGGUUCUUGCUGCCGUCGCAUGCAUCCGCAACAUAUCGAUCCACCCUAUGAACGAGGCCCUGAUCAUCGACGCAGGUUUCUUGAAGCCUCUGGUUAAUCUGGUGGACUACACGGAUUCUGUCGAGAUACAAUGCCACGCCGUUUCCACUUUGAGGAACCUGGCUGCCAGCAGCGAAAGAAACCGCAUGGAGCUGCUGGAGGCAGGAGCGGUCAAGAAAUGCAAAGAGCUGGUGUUGCAAGCUCCCGAAAGCGUCCAAAGCGAGAUAUCUGCAUGUUUUGCAAUUCUUGCGCUGGCUGACGACCUCAAGGCCAAGCUGCUCGAACUUGGCAUCAUGGACGUGCUGAUCCCGCUGACCAAGUCGUCAAACCCUGAAGUGUGCGGCAACUCUGCCGCUGCCCUGGCCAACCUGUGCUCAAGAAUACAGGACUAUACGAUAAUUCUGGACAACUACGACGGCAUCUCUAGUUUCAUCUCCGACUUCCUGAAUUCGGGCAACUCUACAUUUGAGCACAUUGCCCUGUGGACGAUGCUGCAGCUGCUGGAAUCUGACAACCAGGAAAUCAAGUCUAAAAUAAAAAGCGAAAUCAACAGAGGCAAGAUGAACCUCAACAAUCUAACCGGCGAGGAUUUCAACGGAGCAGAUGAGAUAUCCAACCUGACGCAGCAAAUUCUGGACCUCAUCAAAUGA